AGCGCCUCUGCGCAGGCGCAGUGGUCCCCGCAGGCUUGCGCGCGCACUCGCUGCGGGACAAGCUUCUGGAAGCUCUUUGCGGUGGCGUUGGUGCUGUUUGCGGAUGCUGAUGCAGUUUCUGCAGGACUGUAAACUGGAUUCCUGGAACCUUUGAUAUUCCUGGCUGUGUAUAGUGCCUGUUGGUGGACUGUACUGAUACUCAACUAGAGUGUGAAGGGACUGGAUUCCUGCCCCUGAGACACAAUGCAAGCUGUAGUGCCCUUGAACAAGAUGACAGCCAUCUCACCAGAACCUCAAACUCUGGCCUCGACUGAACAAAAUGAGGUCCCAAGAGUGGUUACUUCUGGGGAACAAGAAGCUAUUUUAAGAGGAAAUGCUGCUGAUGCAGAGUCUUUCAGACAGAGGUUUAGGUGGUUUUGUUACUCAGAAGUAGCUGGACCUAGGAAAGCUCUGAGUCAACUCUGGGAGCUCUGCAAUCAGUGGCUGAGACCAGACAUUCACACGAAAGAACAGAUUUUAGAGCUUCUGGUGUUUGAGCAGUUCCUGACCAUUUUGCCUGGGGAGAUCAGGAUUUGGGUAAAGUCACAACAUCCUGAGAGUAGUGAGGAAGUGGUGACCCUAAUAGAAGAUUUGACCCAGAUGCUUGAAGAAAAAGAAGAUCCAGUCUCUCAAGAUUCUACUGUUUCCCAAGAGGAGAACUCAAAAGAGGAUAAAAUGGUCACUGUUUGUCCCAAUACUGAGUCCUGUGAAUCUAUAACAUUGAAGGAUAUAGCUGUGAACUUUUCAAGAGGAGAGUGGAAGAAGCUGGAGCCUUUUCAAAAGGAGCUAUAUAAGGAAGUGCUACUGGAAAACCUCAGGAACCUAGAAUUUCUGGACUUUCCAGUUUCAAAAUUAGAGUUGAUUUCCCAGCUAAAGUGGGUUGAAUUGCCAUGGCUGCUGGAAGAAGUCUCAAAAGGCUCCCGACUAGAUGAAUCAGCUUUAGAUAAAAUAAUAGAAAGGUGCCUCAGGGAUGAUGAUCAUGGCUUGAUGGAAGAAUCCCAGCAAUAUUGUGGCAGCUCAGAGGAGGAUCACGGUAAUCAGGGAAAUUCAAAAGGAAGAGUCGCACAAAACAAAACUCUUGGGAGUGGCAGUAGGGGUAAGAAAUUUGACCCAGAUAAAAGCCCCUUUGGACAUAAUUUCAAAGAAACUUCAGACUUAAUUAAACAUCUGAGAGUCUACUUGAGGAAGAAAUCUCGGAGGUAUAAUGAAAGCAAGAAACCCUUCAGUUUUCAUUCAGACCUUGUUCUGAACCGCAAGGAGAAAACCGCCGGAGAAAAGUCACGGAAAUCUAAUGAUGGUGGGAAAGUCCUGAGUCACUCUUCAGCUCUUACUGAACAUCAGAAACGUCAGAAGAUUCAUUUGGGGGAUAGGUCCCAAAAAUGCAGUAAGUGUGGGAUAAUCUUUAUUAGAAGAUCAACUCUUUCUAGGAGAAAAACCCCUAUGUGUGAGAAAUGUCGGAAAGAUUCAUGUCAAGAAGCAGCCUUAAAUAAAGAUGAGGGAAAUGAGAGUGGAGAAAAAACUCAUAAAUGUAGUAAGUGUGGAAAAGCCUUUGGCUAUAGCGCCUCACUCACCAAACAUCGGAGAAUUCACACUGGAGAAAAACCCUAUAUGUGUAAUGAAUGUGGAAAAGCUUUUAGUGAUAGUUCAUCGCUCACGCCACAUCAUAGAACUCAUAGUGGAGAGAAACCCUUCAAAUGUGAUGACUGUGGGAAAGGUUUCACCCUAAGUGCUCACCUCAUUAAACAUCAGAGAAUUCAUACUGGAGAAAAACCUUAUAAAUGUAAAGACUGUGGGAGACCCUUUAGUGACAGUUCCUCUCUUAUUCAACAUCAGCGAAUUCAUACUGGAGAAAAACCCUAUACAUGUAGCAAUUGUGGAAAAUCCUUCAGUCAUAGCUCAUCCCUUUCCAAACAUCAGAGAAUUCAUACUGGAGAGAAACCCUAUAAAUGUGGCGAAUGUGGAAAAGCCUUUAGGCAGAAUUCAUGCCUUACCCGGCAUCAGAGAAUUCACACUGGAGAAAAACCAUAUUUGUGUAAUGAUUGCGGAAUGACUUUUAGCCAUUUUACGUCUGUGAUUUAUCAUCAAAGACUUCAUUCAGGAGAAAAACCCUACAAAUGUAACCAGUGUGAGAAAGCCUUCCCAACCCAUUCACUGCUAAGUCGUCAUCAGAGAAUUCAUACUGGUGUAAAACCUUAUAAAUGUAAAGAAUGUGGGAAGUCCUUCAGUCAGAGUUCAUCUCUUAAUGAGCACCACCGAAUUCAUACAGGAGAGAAACCCUAUGAGUGUAACUAUUGUGGUGCAACCUUUAGUCGAAGCUCAAUCCUUGUAGAACACCUAAAAAUUCAUACCGGAAGGAGAGAAUAUGAAUGUAACGAAUGUGAGAAGACAUUUAAAAGUAAUUCAGGCCUCAUUAGACAUCGGGGAUUUCACUCUGCAGAGUAAUCCUGAAACUACAUUAAAGUGGGGGGAAUUUAAUUCAAAUUGUCAGUUACUGAAACCCUGGGAUGUAAACUUACAGUAUUGAUCAGUAGCUGCAGCUUUCGUAAAUUGGCAGUUAGGAAAAAUAUUCUUUUGCCCAUUCAUCCCUCUUCUUUUCAAGGAUGGCAGCGACUGGUAAACAGUAAUUAGUUGGUAAAGUCACUGGAAAGGGAAGAAUGCAAAAUGAUUCUGAGGCCAGACGAAUUGGAAAAGCUCUUUUCUUCAGGGGAUUUCUCUCUGAUUUCUUCCACUACCAUGUAGUGUGAUGGAAAGAGAACUUGACUGCAGUCAGAUGACUUGGAUUCUGUCCCAGUUUGCCAACCAACUUGCUGUAUACACCUUGGACAAGUCAUUUGACCUUUCAGAGUUUUAUUUUCGUCACCAGCAGAAUGAAGGGAUGGGAUUAAUGAUUUUUGCCUUUUUUGGUUUUUUAGUUUUUUAUUGGUAUCCUGAUAAUCUCUGAAGCUGUGGACAUAAGUUAUUUUUUUUUAUUUGUCAUUACUUUCAAGUUUCUCUAGUAAAAAAUACCACUAUUCAGGAUGCUGGACUUCUUUUCUUUUUUUUUUCUUUUUUUUUUUCAAUUUUUCUUUUUUGGGAUGGAGUCUCACUAUGUUGCCCAGACUGGUCUUGAACUCCUGGGCUCAAGUGAUCCUUCCAUCUCAGUUUCCUGAGUAGCUGACAUUACGGGUACACUCCACCAAGCCUGGUUCCUAGGAUGCUGGACUUCUAGCUUAGUGAGAAUGCAGUAUACUUUUUGAAAACUUCGUGCAGGAAUCCCUCAAAUGCUGUAACUAGGAAUGGGUCAGUGAAGUUCAAACGACUUUUCCUUGAGGGAGUAUUUUAAUUGGACAAGGGAACUCUUUUUCUUUUGGGCAUUGGCCAACAGGACUGAGAAGCCAGAGAGCUUGCACCUGAGCCAUCUCAGGCAUGAGAGUAACAGUCCUAGGAAAAUAGAUGGGGGCUGGGGGUAAGGAAAUGUGCUGAAGACAGAGCUGUUCUGGAUGGAUUUUGGUUUGCAAAAAUUCUACUUUAAAACAAUUUUGCCUGUAGCAAGUACAUUUUUUUGCAAUUGGAUUAUAAACAUUCUGUAUGGCAACAGUUAAAAGCUGUUAUAACAAUUUGCUUGGGUGUGUGUGUGUGUGUGUGUGUGUGUGUGUGUGUGUGUGUAUGUGUAUACAUUGUUGCCACUAUCUAAAAUUAGGGCAUUUCAUACUAAAAACAAAGCUUGUCUUAAAAAAAUUAUAAGGGCUAACAACACUGGGCUUUUAUUUAUGUAAAGCACUCAGCUGGUCCUGGGUAGCAGCUGCCACCUUUUGAUGGGGAAUCAACUUUCUGACUUAGCUAGUUCUCUCAUGUAUGUAACCUGACUUUCCCACUGUAUGAAUGUUCUAUUAUAACCCCUACCAUUUGGAGAAUAGAUACCCUAAAAUCUAAAGAGACCGCACUGAUAGCAAGUAGAGUUCAGGGAAUGAAUGUAGAAUUGAUACAGAAAAAAUUUUCAGUUAAGUUUUCUUUUGUGAAAUUAGACCUCAGAGGAAUGGAAUAUACGGGUAUUGGUGGAUUAUUCCUUAUAAAUUUCAUUGGUGGAGUCUGAAUAAUAAUUUCCAACUGAAAAAGGAACUUAAGGCCCUGAAUGAGGUUUUGGCUUCAGGUCAUAGGGUUCUGGAGGAACCCCAUGGACUCAACAGUGGUCUAGAAAUAAGUUCCUAAAGUUGAAAUUGUAGGCACCUCCUAUAAAAAGAGAGCUAAACCAGAAAACUCUUGGCUUAUGGAAGUAAAGCGAUCCUUAAUGCUAAUCUUAGACUCAGGAACAUUUACUGUGACUAAUGUAUGUAGGUGUGAAAUGCUACCUCUGGGAGAAGGUUUUUGAUGCCUCCCCAACCCCAAGCCUGCAGUUUAAAUAUUGCCGUGUGAUAAAUUGGUCCGCAUAGUUAUUGCUAAGCAGACCAACGAAUCACAUCCUAGCCAUGAAAGGAAUGUUUAUUAUGAGAAUCAUUCAUAAUGGUUUUAAGUUUUUUUCUGAAAAGACAAAAAACUUGUUGUAAGUUUUGUUUUCUGAAAAAUAUAAUUUAUAGAAAGUUGAAGCAAUACGUAAAAGUCUUCAGAAGAGGCUUGUUCCAAGAUGAUUGAUUACUCUUAGACUCCCUAACAUUCAUAACAAUGUUUUAUCCCAGUAUCCAUUGGGAAUCUGGAGUAUAAACUUUUUUUUUAAAGGAAUUUAUUGAGGUACAAAUUACAUAUCAUUAAAACCAUUUCAAAUGUACAAUUCAGUGAGUUUUAGUAAAUAUGCUGAGUUGUGCAACCAUUACCAUAAUCCAUUUUUUAGAACAUCAUCCCAGCAAGAUCCAUUAUUCCAGUUUACAGUUAAUCUCCCUUCCAACCUCUAAUCCCAGGCACCCACUACUCAGUCAACUUUGUGUCUCUAGAGUUGCCUUUUUCUGUACAUUUUAUGUUAUAUGUGAUCUUUCUGUGUUUUUUUCAUUAAUGUGUUUUAAAUUCAUCCAUGUUGUAACAUACUAGUACUUUAUUCCUUUUUAUCAUAAAUUAUAUUACAUUAUGUGGAUGCUUUGUGCAUUCACUAGUUGAAGAACAUUUGAGGUUUUUCCAGUUUUUACCUGUUAGGAAUAAUGCUGCUUUGAACAUUGGUAUGCAAGUGUUUUGAACGUUAGUGUACAAGUCUUUGUGUGGACAUGUUUUCGUUUUUCUUAGGCAGAUGCCUGAGGGGAGUUGCUAGGUCAUACGGUAAAUUUUCAUUUAACUUUUUUAGGAAACUGCCAAAUUGUUUUCCAAAGUGACCACAUUAUUUUACAUUCUAACUAGUAAUGUGUGGGGCUUCCCAUUUCUCUACAGUCUUGCCAGUCAUUGUUGUCUGUUUUUUAAAAAUUAUACCCAUCCUAGCGUUUGAAAUGAUAUUCCUUUGUGGUUUUAACUUUGAUUUUCCUGAUGGCGAAUAAUGUCAAAGCAUCUUUUAUGUGCUCUUCAGCCAUUCAUGUAUCUUAGUGAAAUGUUUAUUCAGAUUUUUUGUCCAUUUAAAAUUGGAGUUUGCUGAUAUUGUGUUGUAGUCCUUUUUAUUCUGGAUAUAAGUCCUUUAUCCAAUAUGAACUUUCUAAAUACCAUGUACUAGCUACAGAGAGCAGCCUCAAACUCUGUUGGAUAAUAUUUAUCAAAGUCUUGAUUUCAGUAGUUAAGUCUGUAUAAUUGCCUGCAGGACAUUCAGUCUGGCCCAUCACCCAAAUAUUUAAAUUCACUUUUGGAUUAAGUCAGAUUAUCAAAAGGCUUUAAAUGUCUUUUGAUUCAUUAUAGGAUUGCUUUUAUGAAGAGCACUGUGACACAUUUUACUUUAAAAUGAAGUCCUUGCUUUAAAUAAUGUUUCCUCUUAAUGAGCGUGUAUAAAUUUUUUUCAUGUCACAGGACAAGGCAAGGUUUUGGUCAAUAAAGUCAUUUUAUUUAUUUUAGAAUUAUUUUUUAAUGUAGUAAAAUACAUAUAGCUUAAAAUGAACCAUUUAAACACUUUUUGGUUAUACAGCUCAGUAGCAUUUAGAUAGAUGCACAUUUUGUGCAGUCAUCACCACUAUCCAUCUCCAGAACUUUUUCAUCAUCCCAAACUGAAACUCUGUACUCCUUAAACAAUAACUCCCCAUUUUCUCCUCCUCAGGCUCCUGGUAACCACUGUUCUACUUCCUGUCUGUACAAAUUUGACUGUUCUAAUUACUUGGUAUGAAUGGAAUCAUACAAUAUUUGCCCUGUUGUGUGUGGCUUAUUCCACUUAGCAUUAUGUUUUGAAGGUUCGGCCGUGUUGUAGCACAUAUCAGAAUUUAAUUCCUUUUUAAGGCUGAAUAAUGUUCCAUUUUACUUGUAUACCACAUUUUGUUUAUCCUUUUAUCUGCCAGUGGACAUUUAAGUUGUUUCCACCAUUUUGGCUAUCAAGAAUAACAUUGCUAUAAUCAGUGGUGCUUUCUGUUCUUUCAAGUAUAUGCCUAGAAAUAGAAUUGCUGGAUCUUAUGAUGAUUCUAUAUUUAACUUCCUGAGGAAGUGCAACUACACUAUUUUAAAUUCCCACCAGCUAUGUACAAGGGUUUCAAUAUCCCCACCCUUGCUAACACUUAUUUUCUAUUUCUUUUUUAUAAUAGGCAUCCUAAUGGGUUUGGAGUGGCAUCUUAUUCUAGUUUUGUUUCGCAUUUCCCUAGUGAUUAGUGAUGUUAACUGUCUUUUUAUGUGCUUAUUGACCAUUUGUAUCUCUUCUUUGGAGAAAUGUUUAUUGAAGUCCUUUGCCCAUUUUUUAAUUGGUUUUGUUGGCGUUGUUGUUUAGUUGUAGAAGUUCUUAAUAUAUCCAGAAUAUAUAAAGAACUUUUCAGAUAAAUGAUUUGCAAAUACUUUCUUCCAUUCUGUGUGGGUUGCCUUUUCAUUCUAUUCCUAAUGCCCUUUGAAAGAAGGUUUUAAUUUUGGUGAAGUUCAAUUUUUCUAUUUUUUCUUUUGUUUCCCGUGCUUUUCUCGUCAUACCCAAGAAACCAUGGCCAAAUCCAAUGUCAUGAAGCUUUUCUCCUGUUCUAGGAGUUUUAUAGUUUCAGGUCUUAUGUUUAAGUCUUUUAACCAUUUUGAUUUUUAUGUAUGGUAAAGGGUCCAUCUUCAUUCUUUUGCAUGCGAAUAUCCAGUUUUCCCAGCCCCAUCUGUUGAAGAGACUAUCCUUUCCACAUCAUGUAUUCUUUGCACUCUUGUCAAAGAUCAUUUGACCAUAUACAUGCAUGUUUAUUUCUGGCUGUCUGCUGUGUUCCUUUGGUCUAUAUGUUUGUCUUUAUGCCAGUACCAUGCUAUUUUGAUUACUCCAGUAAUGUUUUGUAAUCAGGAUUACACUAUGUUUCCUGUAGUAUGUUUUUGAAAUGAGGAAGUGUGAGGCCUCCAGCUUUGUUCUUUCCCAAAUUGUUUUGGCUAUUCGGGGGUCCUUAAGAUUUCAAAUGAAUUUUAGGAUGGUUUGUUUGUUUUUGUGGAAAAUGGCAUGAAGAUUGGGCUUGCAUUGAAUUUGUAGAUCGCUUUGGGUAAUGUGGACAUACUAACAAUAACAAACAUUACAGUCUGUGAACCCAAGGUGUCUUUCCAUGUAUUUGUGCCAUCUUUAAUUUUUUCAGCCAUGUGUUAUAGUUGUCAUUGUACAAGUGUUUUGCCUCCUUGGUCAAGUUUAUUCUUGAGUAUUUUAUGUUUUUGAUGCUGUUGUAAAUGGGUCUUUGUUAGUGAAGCAUAACUGAGUUUUGAGUGUUGAUUUUGUAUCUUGCAACUUUGCUGAAUUUGUUCAUUAGUCAUAAUAGUUUCUUGUGAAAUUUUUGGGAUUUUUAAAUAUAAGAUUAUGGCAUCUGCAAAUAGAUAAUUUUUCCUUCUUCCUAAUUUGGAUGGCUUUAACUUGCCAAUGGCUCUAGCUGGGACUUCCAGUACUGUGUUGAAUAGAAGUAGCAAAAGCAGGCAUCUGUGCCUUUUCCUGAAAUGCUUUCUAUUUUAUAUCAUUCCGUAUGAUGUUAGCUGUGGUCUUUUCAUAUUUGACCUUUAUUAUGUUAAGGUAAUUUCCUUUUAUUGAUAAAUUCUUGUUUGAAGGACAGUUUUGCUGUAUAUAGAAUUCUCAGUUGACAGUUUUUUUUUUUUCUUUAUGCAUUAAGAGUAUAACAACGCCACAGCCUUCUGGCUUCCAAGGUUUUUGAUGAGCAAUCAACAGUCUCACUGAGGAUUUCUUUUAUGUGAUGAUUUGCUUCUCUCUUGAUGCUUUUGAGAUUCUCCUUUUGUCUUUGGAUUUCAACAGCUUGAUUAUAACUUGUCUUGGUGUCUCUGUGGGGUGAGGGUAGGAGUCAAUUGCAGUGCUUGUUGCCAUAGUUCAGAACCUGCACCGCAAAGGCCCUUCCAGUUCUGUAGAGUGGUUUAUUGCUUUAUUAUCAGUGCAAUAGAGAGUCACUGGAGGUUCUCUGUGUGUGUGAGUGUAUAAAUAAAGAUUUAAUUUUGUUUUGCUCUUUUGUUUUCCCCUCGGAAUAGUUUAUCAGAUGAGGAAUUUCUUGAUCACUGGGGAGAAAUAUCUUACAGUUCUGAAAACACACUGUCAAAAUGCUUUUCAUAAAAUGUAGCACAUUUUAGGGUUUCUCCCUUGUGUGGAAAUGUUAGUGUCUAUAAAGGUCUGAACUAAGAAAGCUUCUCUCAAGCCAGAACACAUGUGAGGUUCCUCUGCUGAAUGAAUCUUUUGGUGCUCAGUAAGUUGUGAUUUCCAAGCAAAGUGUUUUUCACCCUGAGAAAUUGGUGAGGUAUCUUUCUCUCAGAGUCUUUUUUAUGAAGUCUGAUGUUGAGAGGUUCUUCCAGGUUGGAGUUCUCAGGUCUGUCUCCCUUGUAGAUUAUCAGAGUGGGUUGAUAAUCUACAAGCUUUGCUAAACCUACCUGUAGCUCUUCUGGGGCAGUGGUCGUGGUGGUGGUGGCGGCGGCAGCAGGGUUCCCCAUUGAUUUUCUAAAUGUUUGUAGUCCUUUUGUAAAGUGGACCCUUGCCUUCUAAGGUAAUGGUGAAUGAUACAUAUUCCCUUCAUUUUUCUGCUUUGAAGCUUCAAUCUUCUUCAUUUUCUCUUUUGAUCUGUCAACACAAUCAGAACAUUUAGCUCUUUGAGCAUCUUUAAGGCAGUUGCUUUAAAGUCUGUCUAGUGAGUCAAUGUUUGGUUUUCCUCAUGUCCAUUUUUUGUUGGUUUAUUUUGUGCCUUUGAAUGGUCAAUACUUGUUUCUUUGUAUGCAUUGUGAUUGUUUUUGUUGACAACUAGACAUUUGAAUUUUAUAAUGUGGCAACUCUGGAAAUAAGAUUAUUCCUUUUUCCCCAGGGUUUAUUUUUUUGUUGUUGUUUUUUGUGUUGUGUGUUUUUUGUUUUCGUUUUUGUUUUACUGUCAUAGGCUGUCUCUGUGCUAGGGAUCAGCCUGUGUUGAAUGCCUAAAGUUGUCUCAAUUCUUUACAGAGCCUGCGUUUUUCCCUGGGCGGGAGCAAUGGCUUUCUGAAUUCACCUAGAUACACAGUUUUUUGAAUGUCCAGAAAAACAGGUGUCAUCCCUUUUUUCUCCUGGAAGCCACUUUAGCCAGUUGGGGGUUGGGAGAAUGGUAGCUUGCUUCUUUGUCUGCUCUUUCUCUGUGAUCAGAAGUAGAUAUCUGCAAUCAGAACCCUGAUAUUUGGAGGAAGUGGCUAUUAUUGUCCACCCUGGCUGCAGCAAGCUGACCCAGAAAUGUGGGGUUGUGUCUCCACAGCUGCCUGCCAUGGAGUGGGUGGGGAUGGGUAGCUGCUACUUCACUGAAGGCUGAAAUCCACCAAUGUUAACUGCAAUUUACCAGUCAGGAUUUCCCCUAGAAGCUACAAGUGUUCAGAUGGACUCACGUGCUCCCAAAAUAAUCACUUUAGGAACUUUCUGCCAAUGUAAUUAUUAUAUAGGUGGAGAGGUGGAUUCCUGGGCCACUCUAUCCAUGUCUUUGAUUUUUCCUACUUUCUUGAAGAUUUCUUCAACUUUAUCUUCCAGCUCUACUAUUAAAUGUUGUGAAUGUUUUUAUCUCUGCUGUCAUAUUUUUAUUUCCAAGUGCAUUAUCUGAUUCUUUCUUCCUUUUUUCUAAUUGGUUUUGUUUCAUAGGUGAAAUAUUUUUUCUCUGAGCAUGUUAAUUAUAGUGUCUUUCUGUGUUAUUCUGCUCCCUGCGUUAUCCCUGUUUCCUUUGAGUUGUUUUCACCUGUUUUCUGUCUCUCACACUGAAGGCUUUCCUGAAGCCUCUGGUGAUCUUUGACUAUUUAUAUUUAAGAGCAGGGCUCUAAAAAGCUGAUUGGAAGGUGUUUUAGGUACUUCAGCACCAUCCAACAGUAAUAUAAUGUGAGCCACAUAACAUAAUUUCAAAUUUUCUAGUAGCCACUUUUAGAAAAUAAAACAGGUAAAAUUAAAAAUGUAUUUUACUUCACCCAAUAUAUCCAUAAUAUUAUUUCAUCAUGUAAUCAAUGUAAAAAAGUAUUGAGACAUUUUGUUUUUUGCACUAUUUUUGAAAUCUGGUAUGUAAUGUGUUAAUCUACACACAAAAUUUUCAUUUGUAAUACGUAACUCACAUUUAGAUUUAUAAAACGUAAAGUUGAUAAGUAGAUUCACAUAGUUCUUCCAAACAUACUUUGUUGUUGUUCUAAAUAUACUUAAUUUUCCAAUAACUGAAUCAAGUAUCCAGUUUUUUUUUGUUUUUUUUUUUUGAGAUGGAGUCUCACUCUGUUGCCCAGGCUGGAGUGCAGUGGCGCCAUCUCGGCCCACUGCAACCUCCGCCUCCUGGGUUCCAGCGAUUCUCCUGCUUCAGCCUCCCCAGUAGCUGAGAUUACUGGUGCACACUGCCACGCCUGGCUAAUUAUUUUAGUAGAGGCGGGGUUUCACUGUGUUGCCCAGGCUGUUCUCCAGCUCCUAAGCCCAGGCAAUCUGCCUGUCUCGGCCUCCCAAAGUGCCGGGAUUACAGGUGUGAACCGCUGCACACAACCCCAAUUUUUUUUUAUAUUUGCAUCUACAUUAACAAAACUUUUAUUAGAAAAAUUCAUUUAAUAUCUAGGCAAAAUUAUAUCACUUUCAAAACUAUUUUUAAGUAAAUUCAGUAACAUAUCAAUUCAGUUUAUUAGCAUCAAAUUUGAUGAAGCAGUGCAUAAAUGGAAACAAAACAGUUUAUCAAUACAACAUAUCAUUCAGAUUUUGCUUAUUUUUUGCAGCCAUUUAUUACAUUUAAAAUUUUCUGCAUAUUGUCUCAUUUGAAAAAUAUGUGAGUUAUUCUGUUUUAUUUGUAUUAUGAAAUGUUUCUAUUGUAAAUAAAUUCUUUUACCUGUCUAGCCAGGUCACAAGUUUUUCCCAUUUUAGGAGCUUCAAAUUUAGCUUGUUCAUAUGCAGCGUGAUAUUAGGGAGAAAAUGUGAAUCACAGUGCUACUUUUUGUCUUUGAUUGAAUAUUUGGUAAGCAUUUCUUUUGUUUCAAGGAAAUGUUGAAUUGGAUUUUCUAGUACAGGAAAUCCUUAUAAAAUUCUUUUGUAAGUCAUCCAAGUAACAUUGGUAAAGAAACAAGAUCAUUAGAUACAUUGUCUUUUUUUUUCAGAAGUUUCAUAAACUAUCAACAUUCUAUAGCUUUUGUGCAUAUGUACUGAAGAAUUAUAACACAUGUAUCCAUGACUCAUUUCUUGGAGUCUGCUUCAGAAAAUUGAACACAAAUAUUUUCAGUAUGUAUCAUGCAAUAGAAUAAAGCAAUGAGGGAAAAGUUAUCCUCUUGCUUUAAAAUUCCAACAUGGAUGGUCUUUUGACUUAACUUAGCUGGAGUUCCAUCCUUGUGAUAGAAACUGACUUUUCUGUCUCUAACUGAAAUUCUUGGACAGAUGGAAGAUUGUCAGAAAUAUCUGCCAUGAGUUUGAGCCUUUAGGCAAUGAAUUCACAUUUCAUUGGCUUUACAUGAAUCCACGUUGUAAAUUUGGAGGUUCUUUGAGACAGAAUAUACCCAGAGUUUUCUUUGGGCAGUGUCUUAUAUCAAACAGUUCAUCUGAGGCUAAAGAAAAAUACUUGAAAUUUUUCAAAAUUUGAAUUAAUUGGUCUUUAUUAUUAAAAUAUAAAUAUUCUAUUAGCAAAAAUAUAUUCUGUUCAUGUAUAUCCAAGAGCAAAAUUGUUUAAUGGUUUCAUUGACGUUUUCAGUUUUCAUGAAUGUCUUUUAAGGUCUUUUCCUCAUAAUUUUCUAAAUACGAUAAAGUGAUAAUUUCUUCAUCUCUCCAUCUAAGGUUCUUUGUAGAUGCAUGUGUAAGAAGCUAUUUUAUAGCUUGCCAGGUUUACAAACUCAGACCCUUUUAAAAGUUGUUUAAAUUGUUUUGUUAGAAAUUUCACUCGCAGUUCAUAUGAGUAAUUUUGUGUAUUCUUUUUUGACUUACACUCACUAAAUGGUUGCUAAAAAUUACAUGUCUUAAAUAUUGUCUUAAGUAUUAUCUACUAUGUAUCUUUAACACUUUUGAAUAGAACAAACAGCUUUUCCAUUUUGCUCUGCUGCAGUAAAUUGCAAUUGCCAUUCAUCAUUAAAUGUGCACUAUAUUGUCUCUAGUCUUUUUUCUUGACUAUGCCAGUUGUAGUACCAGCUUCUAUAUCUGCACUGAAUUCUGCCUCAGUAAUAUGCCUUUGUUUAAAAUUUAAAUAUUUUUUCAUUUUUUUAACCUAGAAAAUAAUUAUAAUGAAAAUAUUGAGUAUCUCAUUUUAGGAUUCUGAUUUACAUAGGUAUCACUGUAACUUGUGCUGUUUGCAUAGGUAUACUCUAUCUUGUGCUAUCUGCAUAAAAUAUCCAAGUAAACACAUUGUGAUUUUACAUCCGUGCAUAGAAAAAAAAAUCAUCUGAACUCAAAUCAAUCUGUUGAUACUGACUAGAUUGGUGACGUGUUUAUGUGUAACACUAGUGAUAAUGCACGUUCCUGUACAAGCAUUAUAAUACAACAGUGUCCUAUGCAAUGCAGUGGUUAAAGUGAAUUGUAGUUCUAUCAAAAUAAAGAUACGUUUAGUGGAAAA